AUGUCGAUGCAUUCAUCUUUUGAGGCUAAGUUUGAUGAGCCAAGUGAUGUUCUUAAAUGGGCUGAAGAGAUGCAACAAAAAUUUGGGGACGGCUCAAUGGAUGCCUUAAAGGCGGUGAUAUAUAGAUGCGGAGAUUUUCACAGUGUGCCUUUGUUGGGACCAUGGGGAGGUGUUAACUAUACACCAUUGUUAGUUUUGCGUCAGGUGUGGCUCAAACAGUUUAUACCACCAACUCAUAAUCUGCAAGAGUCUGAUUUUUCAUACGAUCCUGAAGAUUGUCAAGGAAAAAAACGUCAAGCAGUAUGCGCAUGGAAAUCUAUAAGAAAGAUAAAAGACAAAGGACAUUAUGAAGGAGUUACUAGUGGGUACGAGGCAUGGCAGGAAAAUAUAGCUCGUUCUACUCCAAUUCGUCAUCCUUACAAUACUAGGUAUAAAAGCCAAAUCAUGGAAGAAAAAGAUAAGGACAUGGACAAAAUGAGACAAGAGAUUAAUAAUCUUGGGGAACAAGUUUCAAAAAUACUGGAUUUGCUUUCAAUGGGGAAAGGAAAAGCCACUGUAGAUACAGCACAAUCAAGCAAUCCAAUUCAAGACACAGAUGAUCCUAUUUAUCCUCCAGGAUUCACUCCAUACCACCUAAAUGUUCCGCAAUCUCAAACCACUAAACACUAUGUUCCUACGAAUCCGCUGUAUGUUGUUCCACCCAUUAUCCCAUGUAUAGAACAUUUGGAAGCUCAGGCUAAAAUUCAAGACAUGGAACAAAAGGAGAACACUCCAGCUAAGCAAAAGUUAGAUGUUUUGGAAGAAAGGUUGCGAGCAAUUGAAGAGACUGUUGUCUAUGGAAAUAUAGAUGCAACACAAUUGUGCUUGGUGCCAGGCUUGAUCAUUCCAGCAAAGUUUAAAGUUCCUGAAUUCGAUAAAUAUGAUGGUUCAACGUGUCCAAGGAGUCAUCUUAUAUUGUACUGCAGAAAGAUGGCGGCGCAUAUUAAUAAUGAUAAAUUGUUAGUCCAUUGCUUCCAGGAUAGCUUGACUGGUCCAGCUAGUUGAUGGUAUAUUCAAUUAGAUAAUGCACACAUUCACGUUUGGAAGGACUUAGCUGAUGCAUUUCUAAAGCAAUACAAACACAACAUUGAUAUGGCUCCAGACCGUUUAGACUUGCAACGGAUGGAGAAGAAGAGUUCGGAAAGCUUCAAAGAAUAUGCUCAACGAUGGAGAGAUAUGGCUGCCGAGGUUCAACCACCGUUAACAGACAAAGAAAUGACAUCUAUGUUUAUGAAUACCUUGCGGGCUCCAUUCUAUGAGCGAAUGAUUGGUAAUGCAUCAACAAAUUUUUCUGAUAUUAUUGUUAUCGGUGAAAGAAUUGAAUAUGGGAUAAAACAUGGGAGGUUAGCAGAGGCUACAACUGAAUAUGGUGGAAUAAAGAAAGGAACAAUAUCCAAGAAGAAAGAAGGAGAGGUUCAUGCAAUUGGUUUUCCUAAUUCAGGGAAGCACAAAUCAAUUUUUUGCUAUGUACCAGUCCAUACCGUCUCUGAAACUCCAAAACCCGUUAACUCAAAUUCUCCUCGACCAUUUGUACAGGGUCAAGGUAGCAAAACCAAUUCAGAUACAUGGCGGUUUGAUCCGAUUCCCAUGACUUAUACAGAGCUUUUACCUCAACUAAUUCAAAAUCGACAGUUAGCUUCUAUUUCAAUGAUUCCUAUACCUCCUUACCCAAAAUGGUAUGAUUCAAAUGCUCGAUGUGAUUAUCACGCUGGGGGAGUGGGACACUCAACUGAAAAUUGUUUGGCUUUGAAAAGAAAUAUGCAAUCUCUAAUUAAUGCUGGAUGGUUGAGCUUCAAAAAAUCUGGUAAGAAGCUGAAUGUCAAUGAAAAUCCACUGCCUGAUCAUGCAAAUCCAAAAGUUAACGUUGUGGAUAGCCUUGUUGAAAAGUGCAAAAAUGAAGUCCAUGAGAUAGUGAUGCCUAUGGAAGCACUUUUUGAAGGUCUUUUUGAAGCAGAAUAUGUUAGUCGUGAAUAUCUAGACCCCAACAUAAGAUAUGAAGGAGGACAAGGAAAAGACGAGAUGAAAGACAAGAAAAUAUGUGUUUUAAUGGAUGAAGUUUCAGAAAAGAAAGAUUCCAUUUUACCAAGACCUUUGACAGUUUUUUAUCAAGAAAGUCAUAAUGAGUCAACCAGCUUCUGCAAUCCUAAAAAACUCACGAUCCAAGUACCGAGUCCUUUCAAAUUUAAGGAUCUAAAAGUAGUGGCAUGGCGGUAUGAUUGUCAGGUCAUAACAGGUCCUUUAGUUGAUAACAUUACAGGAAUCAGCGGGAUAACCCAAAGUGGAAGAUGCUACAAACCAGAUAACUUAACAGUCCCUUCAAAUGGUCUAAUACUGGAGCAAGGUAGAAAAAAUGAGAAAAGAAAUGUGAAAGAGCAUUGCAAAGACCAAGAUGUGGAGAUGCCUAUCAUUGCAAAAGAUAUAGAAUACAAAAAGCUUGUCACAGAUGAGGAAGCAAAUGAAUUCUUGAAAAUAGUAAAACAAAGUGAGUAUAAGAUCAUAGAGCAAAUGCAUCAUACUCCAGCUCGAAUUUCUUUAUUAUCGUUGUUUUUGAAUUCAGAGCCUCAUCGCAAAGUGUUAUGAUUUUUGAACAAGGCACAUGUCGGACAUGACAUUUCAGUGGAAAAGUUUAGUGGAAUUAUUGGAAACAUUACAUCUUCAAGUUCCAUAGUCUUCACAGAUGACAAAAUUCCUCCUGAAGGCUUAGACCAUACAAAAGCACUGCAUAUUCAAUUGAAGUGCAAAGACUACGUUAUUGCAAGAGUUUUAGUGGAUAACGGAUCAGCUCUCAAUAUAAUGCCUAAAUCUACACUAUUGAAGCUUCUCGUGGAUCUGUCACACAUAAAGUCAAGUAUUAUGGUUGUGAAAGCUUUCGAUGGGUCACACAGAGAAGUAAUGGGUGACAUUGAACUACCAGUUAAAAUUGGCCCAUGUAUUUUCAACAUAGUCUUUCAAGUCAUGGAGAUAACACCCACAUACAGUUUUUUAUUAGGACGUCUUUGGAUUCACUCCGCAGGAGUGGUGCCAUCCACAUUGCAUCAAAAAUUGAAAUUUAUUGUUGGGAGUAAGUUGAUUUACGUGAUGGGAGAGGAAGAUUUCUUAAUAACAAAGCCAGUCUCAACUCCAUAUGUUGAAGCGACAGAAGAAGCAUUAGAGUGUUCUUUUCGCUCUUUAGAAAUUGCUCAUGCAACUAUGAUGGAAGCAACUGGAGAUGAAGUGAUAAAGCCACACAAGCCUAAAGUUGAAGUUAUGACCACUAGGAUAAUGGGAGGUGGAGGAUAUUCUUUGAAUAAAAACUUAGAGACACUUCUAAAAAUACCGAGCAAUGAUGGGAGGUUUGGUUUGGGCUAUAAGCCAUCCAUAUAUGACAAGAUUAGGCUUCAGGAGGAAAAGAAGAAAAAGCGUUUGGCAAAGCUGGAGAUGAGGGAGUUUGAUCCAAGUAUAAAACUUAUACCAGAAUUAUAUGAUACUUUCAAGAGUGCUGGUAUAAGUUAUUCAUCAGACAACUCUGAUUUGAAGGAUGAUUUGUUAACGAAGAUGGAAAGUUUAUCAGUUGCAGUAGUGGCACAAGAAGCAUCAUUUGAAGGCAACACAGUUUAUGCAUGUCCGCCUGAUUUUGAGCUUAACAAUUGGGAUAGUGUAGAUCUACCUACAUUUUCAAGAGAUUUUCAAGAUUCUACCCUUGAUUCCUUAAUAUACACUAUGGAAUAUGACAAGGAAAAUGACGAUGAAGAUGAUGUGGGAAUAUCCUCAGAAUUGUUAAGAAUGGUAGAAGAAGAAGAUGAGGUUCUUGGUCCUCACCAAGAACUAGUUGAAGCAAUCAAUUUGGGUUCUCAAGAGGAGUCAAAAGAGGUAAAAAUUGGCACAUCAUUGACCAGUGAAUCACGAAAAAAACUGAUCAAUUUGUUACGUGAGUAUUCAGAUAUUUUUGCUUGGAGUUAUCAGGAUAUGCCAGGAUUAAGUACGGAUAUUGUAGUACACCGAGUUCCUUUAAAACCAGAAUGCAACCCAGUAAGACAAAAGCUACGUAAAAUGAAACCUGAUGUACUAAUUAAAAUAAAAGAGGAAGUACAGAAGCAAAUUGAAGCAGGAUUCCUCACAGUCUCGAAAUAUCCUGAAUGGGUGGCAAACAUUGUUCCAGUGCCCAAAAAAGACGGAAAAGUGAGAAUGUGUAUGGAUUAUAGAGAUUUAAAUCGAGCCAGUCCAAAAGAUAACUUUCCUUUACCUCAUACCGACAUGUUGGUGGAUAACAUUGCAGGAUACUCAACUUUCUCCUUCAUGGAUGGUUUUUCAGGAUAUAAUCAGAUCAAAAUGGCUGAAGAAGAUAGAGAAAAAAUGACAUUCAUUACCCUUUGGGGAACAUUCUGUUACAAAGUAAUGCCUUUUGGUUUGAAAAAUGCUGGAGCAACGUAUCAGCGAGCAAUGGUUACACUUUUUCAUGAUAUGAUGCAUAAAGAAAUAGAGGUGUAUGUUGAUGAUAUGAUUGCAAAAUCCAAGAUAGAUGAAGAUCAUACAACCACACUCCAAAAAUUAUUUGAUCGGUUGAGAAAAUAUCAAUUGAAAUUAAAUCCAUCCAAAUGUACAUUUGGGGCAACUUCGGGAAAGCUACUGGGAUUCAUCGUCAGUGAAGAAGGGAUCAAAGUGGACCCAGAUAAAGUAAGGGCUAUCAUGGAAAUGCCAUCCCCUAAAACAGAAAAAGAAAUUCGAGGUUUUCUGGGAAGAUUGAACUACAUAUCCAGAUUUAUCUCACAUUUAACACCAACAUGCGAACCAAUCUUCAAGCUCUUACGUAAAAACAACCCAGGAAAAUGGAAUGAGGAUUGUGAAGAAGCUUUCAACAAAAUUAAGCAGUAUUUGCAGAGCCUACCAGUACUGAUACCUCCAGCUCCAGGGCGACCGUUAAUCUUGUAUUUAACAGUAUUAGAAAGUUUCAUGGAUGGUGCUCUAGGACAACAUGAUUUAUCAGGGAAGAAGGAGCAUGCCAUUUAUUAUUUGAGCAAAAAGUUUACCGAUUAUGAAUCUAGAUACUCAAUGUUAGAGCGAACUUGUUGUGCUUUGGUAUGGACCGCUCAUCAUUUGAGGCAAUAUAUGUUAUACCAUACGACAUGUCUUAUUUAAAAAAUGGAUCCAAUAAAAUACAUUUUUGAGAAACCGUCAUUAUUUGGAAGGAUUGCAAAAUGGCAAGUUUUAUUGUCAGAGUAUGAUAUUGUUUAUGUCACUAAAAAAGCAAUAAAGGGAAGCGCAGUUGCUGAUCAUUUAGCUGCUCAACCAGUAGCAGAUUACGAACCUAUGAGAAUUGAUUUCCUGGAUGAAAACAUAUUUCUAAGACAAAUACUUAGAUCUGGUUAUUAUUGGACAACGAUGGAAUCAGAUUGCAUAAAAUAUGCAAGGGAAUGUAAAAAGUGUCAAAUUUAUAUGGAUAAGAUCCAUGUAGCAGCAUCUUCAUUGCAUAUCUUGUCAGCACCAUGGCCCUUUUCUUUAUGGGGAAUGGAUGUUAUUGGACCCAUUGAUCCUAAAGCCUCAAAUGGCCAUCGUUUUAUUCUUGUGGCCAUUGAUUACUUCACUAAAUGGAUAGAGGCUGCAUCUUAUUGCAAUGUUAUAAGGGGAGUAGUGCUCAAGUUUAUCAAGAAAGAGCUUAUAUGUCGUUAUGGUCUCUCAGAAGGUAUUAUUACGGAUAAUGCCAAGAACCUUAAUAACAAAAUGAUGGACGAACUUUGUGAGCAGUUCAAGAUCAAUCACCGAAAUUCGACUCCAUAUCGCCCAAAGAUGAAUGGGGCAGUUGAGGCAGCUAACAAAAAUAUUAAAAGAAUCAUUGAGAAAAUGACAAUAACAUACAAAGAUUGGCAUGAAAUGCUACCGUUUGCGUUGCAUGGAUAUCGCACGUCAAUUCGUACUUCAACUGGGGCAACACCAUUUUCUUUAGUUUAUGGUAUGGAAGUUGUUUUACCUUUAGAAGUUGAGAUACCUUCAUUGAGAGUUCUCAUGGAAGCUAAGUUAGAUGAAGCUGAAUGGAUACGAGGUCGUUAUGAGCAGUUGAAUUUCGUUAAAGAAAAAAGGUUGGCAGCAUUAAAUCAUGGACAACUUUACCAAAGAAGACUAAUGCGAGCAUACAAUAAGAAAGUGCAUCCUCGAAGCUUUCGAGAGGGAGAUUUGGUAUUAAAAAGAAUACUUCCGUUUCAAAAGGAUCAUCGAGGAAAAUGGACUCCUAAUUAGGAAGGUCCAUUUGUAGUGAAAAAAGCUUUUUCAGGAGGAGCUCUACUUUUGACUAAUAUGGAUGGCGUUGAGUAAAAAAAUCCUAUGAAUUCAGAUUAUGUUCGAAGAUAUUAUGCAUGA